CUCCCCAGAGAAGGCACAAGUAACUCACCCUGAGCUAGGCAGAAGAAAAAGGCAGUGAGAACUGCCAUUUCUGGUCAGAGAGAGAAGGCUUGUCUUCACUGCAAGAAUGGACAUCCACAAAUCAGAACUGCCCCCCUCCUUUCCUUCCCUGCUGUUUAACUUCCAGAGGCCACCUCCAUAAACAAAAAUAUGGGAACCAGACCCUCUGAUCACAUCCAGCAUCCUUGGAAAUGUUACCCCAUCCCUGAAAGCAUCCGAGUUCUGUGAUUCAUUUGGGAUGGCCAUCAAAGUGGAUUCUCCGAGACUCAAAACCAUGAAAAAAAGCCUAUCCAGUGACGUUUAUCCUCAGUUUUGGCCAAAACAGAGAGGAAUUUUGGAAGGAAUUUAGUGACGUUUGAAUGUACCAGACAAAGAUGAAUGUUCAAUUACACUUUGAAGUUUCUGUGGAUAUUGAAUUACUGGGAGAGAAAGAGUAAUAGUGAGUAUUUAUCAACAAAGAUCAUAAUUAACUGCAUCUCAGUCCUGAGGUGAUUAAAAAGAGACAGGUCUGCAGAGGAAACAGGGUGCUGCAACCUUUUGCUCUCACUUCCUCAUGAGAGAAGACGUAGAGGCUGUCCCAGAGAGAGCAGGGCUGCUGUGCACACACAUCUCAGGCAGCCAUGGGGAACUGGGUGGAGAAUGAAGGACUGUCCAUCUUCGUCGUUCUUGUGUGGCUGGGCUUAAAUGUCUUCCUCUUUUGGUGGUACUAUCUUGUGUAUGAUGUCCCACCAAAAUUCUUCUACACCAGAGUGCUCCUUGGCCGUGCUCUGGCUCUUGCAAGGGCCCCUGCAGCCUGCCUGAAUUUCAAUUGCAUGCUGAUUCUGCUGCCAGUAUGUCGAAACCUGCUCUCCUUCCUCAGAGGAUCGAGUGCGUGCUGCUCUACCCGUAUCAGGCGGCAGCUGGACAGAAACCUCACCUUUCACAAAAUGGUGGCCUGGAUGAUUGCCCUUCACACUGCAAUUCACACCAUUGCACACUUAUUCAACGUGGAGUGGAGUGUGCAAGCCCGUGUUGAAGAGAAGGGCACCCUGGCAGCUGUGCUUUCUGGCCUUGGAGACAAACCAAAGGAAAGCUAUGUCAACUUCUUCAGGCAAACCAUUGCUAAUCCCGUUGGGGGCCUCUAUGUGGCUUUCACAUACUUGGCUGGCAUCACUGGGGUUGUCAUCACACUGGCCCUCAUCCUCAUCAUCACCUCAUCCACCAAAACCAUCCGGAGGUCAUAUUUUGAAGUAUUUUGGUACACCCACCAUCUCUUUGUCGUCUUCUUUAUUGGCCUUGUCAUCCAUGGUGCUGGUCGUAUUGUGCGGGGACAGACAGCUGAAAGCCUGGCUGAACACAACCCAGAGAUUUGCUACAAGAACUUCACCCUCUGGGGCAAGACUGAGGCUUGUCCAAUCCCCCAGUUUUCAGGGAAUCCUCCUAUGACAUGGAAGUGGGUGGUAGGUCCCAUGUUUCUGUACCUGUGCGAGCGGCUGGUGCGGUUUUGGAGGUCACAGCAGAAGGUUGUUAUCACAAAGGUGGUCAUUCAUCCCUUCAAGACAAUUGAGCUCCAGAUGAUGAAAAAAGGCUUCAAGAUGGAGGUUGGACAAUACAUUUUUGUCAAAUGUCCAGCAGUAUCUAAACUGGAAUGGCAUCCAUUUACACUGACUUCUGCUCCAGAAGAGGAUUACUUCAGCAUUCACGUCCGUAUCGUAGGAGACUGGACAGAGGGCUUGUUCAAUGCCUGUGGCUGUGAUAAACAAGAAUUCCAGGAGGCAUGGAAAUUGCCCAAGAUAGCUGUGGAUGGCCCCUUUGGAACAGCGAGUGAGGAUGUGUUCAGUUAUGAAACUGUGAUGCUGGUUGGAGCUGGAAUAGGGGUCACCCCCUUUGCAUCUGUCCUCAAGUCUGUCUGGUACAAAUACUGCCAUGAUGCCACCAACCUAAAGCUCAAGAAGAUUUAUUUCUACUGGCUUUGCAGGGACACUCAUGCCUUUGAAUGGUUUGCUGACCUCUUGCAAUCUCUGGAGGCUCAAAUGCAGGAGAGGAAUAACGCAGAGUUUCUGAGCUAUAACAUCUACCUUACAGGCUGGGAUGAAACUCAGGCCACUCACUUCGUAGUGCAUCAUGAAGAAGAGAAGGAUGUGAUUACAGGACUGAAACAGAAAACCUUGUAUGGAAGACCUAACUGGGAAAAUGAGUUCAAAACGAUUGCAGGAAAGCAUCCUGGCUCCAGAAUAGGUGUUUUUCUCUGUGGCCCUGAGGGCCUGGCUGACACACUCAACAAGCAGAGCAUCAGCAACUCAGAAGCUGAUCCACGAGGAGUACACUUCAUUUUUAACAAAGAAAAUUUCUAACUCUGAAGCAAGUGGGAGGCAUUAAAAGCAAAGUCUAAAGACUGAAUCUGUUUUUCUGUUUGGAGUCUGGGAAGGACAGCCCAGCUUCUGAAUUUCAGCUACACUAAUGCAGGUCCCUUUGCUUCUUGGGAAUGAUUUUGGCUCUGUGGUAGAAUAAAAGAGUCAAGUUUUACCUUAGGGAAGUUUUCAUUGCCCUCCAUGUGCUGGUUAUUUAGUAGAAAUCUGUUUUCUUUGUCUGUGUGAGGCGAUUUACCCUCAAUUAACUGCCUUUAUCCUCUUAUUAUUUGCCAUGACUGCUGAAGAGUGGAAGCUGUCGUUUGCUUUUGGGAGCCAAUUCAUACCCAUAAAGCUUAGUGCUAUUAAACAAUAAAGUAUUCUAGCAUAAUGCUUGCUAUUAGGAGGCAGCUUGUCCUGGCUGCCUGUCCAGUCCCUGGAACAAGGGGAGCUGGAAAAGGGUGGCUGGCAAAGUUAGUUCCUUACGAGAGGAACACUCCUUUGUACACCAACACAUUCCAGGCUUCCAACAUAAGCCUUAAACAUCCUCUGCAAGAGAGAGCACAUGCAGCUGAAAAGAAGGAAAGUGAGGAACUGAAAAGGAACCACCUGGGCUUCUGAGAAGCAGCCCAGCUGCAGAGGGGGUGACAAGGACAGAUUCAGUUCAAGUCCCACACCUGGUGUGAGUCACUGCUGCUUUGGACACCCUCACUUUCACAUCUUCAGGCUCACGUGCAGGGAGCCAUACAAGAAGAGGUUCUGUGUUUCCAAGACUGACAUUUCCGGUGUUAAGGGCUGAAAAAAGCUGUUGCUGAAUAGUUUAAUGGGUGCUUUCUGAAGCACUCUUAGAUGCAAACAGCCUUUGGCACUAUUGCUCAGCUGUUCCUCUUUGAGGUGAAACAGGUUUUGAGAAAGUGAUGGUCACUUCAUUCUCAGUUAUUGAAUAGCUGUGGGUGAAGUUUCUGAUGUGCACAAGACUCCCAUACACAGCACAGUACCUCUGGGUGCACAUUACAGGUAGCAGGUUCUUAAACACAAACAAAAAAAGGGAACCAAAACUUUUAAUACUAGCAAGAGAGGAAAAAAAAAGUACUAAAGCCAGCAGCAUAGGAAAAAAAUUAUGAAAAAGCAAGUGCAAAAACCCUUGAAAAAGCCACAGUUUAGUAUGCCAUGUUUUCCAUUCAUCCCAGUUGUCUGCUUUGUGACUUUAAACUCCACAGCCAAGCCCUGCAGUAGCUCCUGCACAGCACAAGACCCUCCUGGCACGUUCUUGCAGCCACAGAAGAAAGCUGUGGUCUCCUGCAAUUCAGUCAGCUUUGUGCAGCCAUCUGGUUGCAUGUAGCAUAUUUUACACCUCAGCUUGCCAGACAGGGUGUGUGUUCUCCCUUUACAGCAUUUUAAAAUGCUAUUCAGGCUAUGAAUGCUACUUAAGGAAGACAGCCUACCAGUUCCUACUUAUUAAUAUCAGUUAACAACAAAUGUUGGCAAAGAUCAACUCUUGGUGGGGAAUUUUCCAGUUCUUUCCCUCAGAAGAGCCAUAUUCAAAUCCACAGAAUUCUGUCUGAAACACACCUAUUAAACCAUAACAGAACAUAAGUAUAUCCAAAGAAACAUCUUCUGUGGAGUAAAUAUUGCUACUAAAAUAUUAUAUGGGUCUCAUCCUGUGCAAAGAGCACUGAAAUAUUUGCCCUUGAUUUUAAUGGAAAUGUGAUCAGGCUUUUAUAAUCUUAUAAAGUGGGCAAAGAAGAAUUGCAAGGGAUCACAUGGAGACAGCAUAUUUAUCAUAAGAAGAGUCUUUGAGAGGUGCAUUUUCAUUCACCAUUAAUUUUCUAUGCAUUGACAAGUUUGUUCUUAAAACAUCAGGAAUCUUUCCUUAUUCAGUCAGUUGCAGUGGCAUUCCCUGACCAGCUGCACUUGUAUGAGGGCUUUUCAACUUGAACUCAGAAAUUGUAAUUCUGUGUUUAUUAAUAAAUCAUUGUGUUCCUAAAACAUAUGAAAGAAUAAGUGACAGUUUUUCAGUUUUUUUCAAAAGUUAAUUAUAUUAAAUCCUGCUAAAAUAGCAAGCCAUGCACAAUCAGUUAUGGUCUGAACAUUAAUAUUUUCUUAAAUCUAGGAUACAAGAGUGAAAUGGAUUGCAGUGAAAUACAAACAUAAGAAACAAAUUAGUUU